AUGACGCCCCCGAGCUCCGCGUCGUGCCCGGGUGUCAACGGCACGUGCGCGGAGCAGCUGAGCGCGGCCUUCCCGCCGCUGUCGUCCACGCUGGCUCUCCUGGUGCUGGUGGCCGCGCUGGCGGGCGUCGUCAUCGUCUCCGUGGCCACCUUCCACUUCCACAAAAGGAGGCUGAAGAAGCGGAAGAUCCAGAAGGCGCAGGAGGAGUACGAGCGCGAUAGUCGCAAGGCGGCGGCAGCGGCGGCGGGAGGAACCGCCAGGCCGUGCGUCAUUGCGCGCCCGGUGCGCUGCGCCGCCGACCGGGAGGGCGACGGAGAAGCCCCCGCCGACUGCUAA